AUGAACCCAAAAACAGGUGAUGCACUUGUUUUUGUCAUCAUCGAAUUCAGAAAAUACGUUAAGGGAUUCAGAUACAACGAUAUUAUCUGCAUUGAUGCGACGCGCGUCAUUUUAAAAGACAGACCAGCGGAUGAUGAUUAUAUCCAUGCAAAUUGGAUAACGAUGCCUGACAACCACAAAUAUAUCUGCACACAGGGUCCGCUCACAGAGACUCUACAUGAUUUCUGGCAUAUGAUGUUUUGCGAAAAAAGCACAGUACUCGUGCAACUUUGCGACUUCGUCGAAGGUAUGUAUGAAUGGUGA